AUGCACCUCCUAACCACCCUCCUCCUAUCCACCACCACCACCAUCACCACCCUCCUAGCAACCGCCUACUCCAUCCCCCCCCCCCUAUCCGCCCUCUACAACAAACACAAGUCCAAACCGUGCCUCCACCCCCUCGCCACCGGCUUCCACGACGGCCAAAACCCCACCGACUCAACAUUCACCUACUGCAGUGACCUAUCCAACAAAUCCAUCUUCCUGCACAGCCCCACCCUCGGCGGCCGCUACGACAACAUGGACAUAGACUGCGACGGGGCGAACGCUCACGGCGGGAACUGCGGCUACGACGAGUCCAUCCAAGACCAAACGAGCUUCAAAGAUCUUGUUGUAUCUCAGUACGGGAUCCCUGAUCUGGAUGCGAAUAUACAUCCGUAUGUGGUCUUCGGGAAUACGGAUUAUGAUCCCCAGAGGGAUGGGAUGUGGCCGUUGAGUGUUAUGGUUGUGGUUUGUGGGAAUCAACUUUUUUAUGGAAUCUGGGGCGAUACGGCUGGGGGGAGUUGGACGGGAGAGGCGUCGAUUGCGUUGGCUAAGCUGUGUUUCCCAGGUGAUGGGGUGAGUGGGGAUAAUGGGCAUGUUGGGGAUGAUGUCCUGUAUAUUGGGUUCGUUGGGAGGGAGGCGGUUCCUGGGGGGAGGGCGAAUUGGAAGGCUGGGAGUACGUGGGAGUUUGAGGAGAGUAUUCGCGGAUUGGGGGAGAGGUUGGUUGCGACGCUUACUUAG